AUGACUGCGCGGGAGCCUCGAGCGACAAAGCGCUCCUACACUCUAUCACGGUCAAACAGCUACACUCAGCGGGCCCGUGAUGGAGGUUCUCCCGCGGCGUGGACGAGGAAGCAUGAAGAGAGAAUGGAGGAAAUGGGACUGUUCAUGACGGCGGAUCAGACUCAGGCCACGCUUAGGUUUGAAUGCCAACAACUGUGUGACCAAUUGCUCAAAGCCGACUACUCUGUGCCGGCAGGCCCAGCUUACCAGCAAGACCGGCUAGCUAAGGUAUUCAAACGAGUGCGAUUCCGGAACGAAGCUCGUGUGGUCCGUGAUGUGAUGCCGAUCAUUGUUCCAUCUCCCGAACUGCUCCACAUUGACGGUCACGCCGUACUGGACAAUAUCUGCGAGGCCAUGAACGCGGAAUGGACACAAUGCGACACUUUGUGUGGCCCUAGGCCCAAGCCAGAUUUCGUGGGAGGUAUAUCAGCCGCUGCAUUCACGAAAGAGGAGCGGGAGAAGCUGCAGCUGAAUCACACGAGCGCAUGUCCCAAUCUGUUUCCGGAGAACAUGUACUUUCCCUUUUUGAUCUGCGAAGUAAAGGGAAGCGACCGCCCAAUCGAGGAGGCGGAGCGACAAGCCAUGCACAGCGCCAGCAUCGCAAUUCGAGCUGUGAUAGAACUUUUCCGGAAGGUAUCAGCGACCGCAGAAGUUCACCAGAAAAUUCUCGCCUUCUCCGUUGCUCACAACCAUGCAAUGGUGAUGAUAUUUGCUCACUUCGCCUUGGUCGAGGGCGAGAACAGCUCUUUUCACCGUCGCUUGCUACAUAUCAGUCGCUUCGCUGAAGACCUUAGUUCCGCUGAAUGGACGAAGGCGUACAACAUCAUUCGUGCAAUUUACGAGCACUAUGUUCCUCAACACGUGUGCCGGAUUCGGAGCGCUCUG